AAGGUCGCCAUUUUGGCUCAAACAAAGUCAGAAAGACUUAGUUAAAUACGGAUGUUUUGUAAUUUAGGAUUAACACAGUACCAAUAUUAUGCCAAUCGGUCUCGUCAUGUGAGUGAGCUGACAAUUGACAAAUUAGUUUUUUUUCGAGCAAUGUAAAUGUGCAGUUUUGCUUAAAAAAAAAAAAGAAGAAAAAAAAAAGAUGUUUACCUCUGCGGUGCCUGUUUGUCAGCAUAACAAAUUCAUACAAUAACAAUACUAUUAACGCUGGUGUUUGUUUGUUUUCGUGUACAAUGGGUGGAUGUUCGGCUCCUAAUUGUUCCAAUUCAACCAGCAUCGGGAAACAACUGUAUAGAUUUCCCAAAGAUCUUGUCAGGAAGAAGAAAUGGGUUGUUAAUUGCCGACGCGACUUUGAACCAACUCCACACUCGAGAUUAUGCCAAGACCAUUUUGAGCCGAGUCAGUUUGAGGAGUUGGCAAAAUCCCCAGCUGGAGGAAAGAAAUUGAAGCCCAAUGCCAUCCCAACUCUCUUCAGUGCCGGAGACCCUCCUUACCCUGCAAUUACUACUCCAUUCAUUAUGCUGCCCUUGAAACCUGAGCUAGUGGAGAAGGAGCUGAAUGUUGGUGAUCAUGGCUAUGCUAGACGCACUCCUCUGCUUGGCCUUGAAGAGGAGGAUGGAGAUAGGCCAGCUGUGGACCAGCAGUCCUGCACACAAUGCCACCUCCUCAAAAAACAGCUGGAGAAAGAGAUGCAGCAUACCGUAAGACUACAAAAGGAGGCAGAAGAGAUGAAGAAACGUCUCUACAGGCUUGACCGUAUUGAGAAGGGACUCCAGAACUUUCUAUAUGAGGACCAGAUCCGCGCUUUGUCUCUCACCAAGCGGUCUCGCCGAGCCGUCUGGUCUCCAGAGACUAUCCUGAAGGCUAGAAAGAUUCGAAGUGCGGUGGGCACCAAAGGCUACGAGUACCUGAGAGAGCUGGGGUACCCGUUACCCUCCUACCGGACUCUAUGUAACCGCCUAGAAACCAAGAUCAUGGUAACGACUGACAUGAGCUGUGAGGAAUUGGCAGAGCUGGGCCUGGGACUCAUGGCCACCUGCGAUAGCCCAACAGAAGAUGUUGGCGACAAUGAUGAGGAAGACCUUCUUGGUGUCUUGUCCUGAUUUCUGCUGUUUGCGUGACUCAUCAAGCAAAUGAGAGCUCUCAUCAAAUGGACACUAUUUGCUUUGCACCAUUUAAUUAAGGAUGCUCUUUAAGUUUGAUGAGAUGCAGGAGAACACGCUUAACACGAGGUUACACAAAAGUAUGCUGAGAUUUGUUGAGAAACUUAAAACAUGCAACCAAUUGAGUCAUGUGACCGCUAGCAGACCAAACACAAACUUUUUUUUUCAUUUUACGACUCUUUUAGAAAACCCAAG